CAAACAAAACCACUUUUUCAUUUGAACUGUUUUUUAAAUUUUUUAAUAAUUCUCCUUUCACACCAUCUCUCUCCCUCUCUGUCUCUCUUUCUCUGCGUUUGCUCUCGGAUUCUUGCUUCGGUUUCAGCUGUCUGACUUGCAGAUUGAUUCAAAUCGAGGAAGCUUCUUAAGAAGAGUGAAAGGGAAAGUUCAGAAAUUUGAUUUAGGAUACUUUAAAUUCUGAGGUUCUGAGCUCAAGAUGGAAACUGAGUUCUCUUGAAACACACUUAUUGAGGAUACUUGGUUGAUAAUCUGAAGAGGAUAUGGGGAAGCAUCAUUGGAGAAAGUCCAUAAAGUCCCUCUUUGGGAGUCACGUUGAUCCAGAAAAUGAUGAACAGCUGAAAGGAACUAAAGCAGAAAUUGAAGAAAAGGUCAAAAAGAUCUUGAAACUUAUCCAAAGUGAGGAUCAUGAAGAAAAAGAUGGGAUCAAAGAACCACUUGUUGAACUAAUAGAAGAUUUCCAUGGAAAAUACCAAUCGCUUUAUGCACAAUAUGAUAAUCUUAGAGGAGAGCUGAGGAACAAAAUACAUGGCAAAAAAGGGACGGAGGCUGAUUCGUCGUCGACCUCAGACUCGGACUCAGAUUAUUCUUCGAAGGGCAAACGCAGCAAAAAUGGAGAACUUGAAAGUGAAUUCCAGAAAACAACAGACAGCAUAAAGCAAGAACUUGAAGCAGCAAAUUUAGAACUUUCUGAUCUGAAGAUGAAGUUGACCACUACCAGUGAAGAAAAAGAAGCUUUAGAUUUGGAAUACCAAACAGCUUUGAGCAAGAUACAAGAAGCAGAAGAAGUCAUCAGAAAUUUGAAGCUUGAUACUGAAAGCUUAAAUGCUGAAAAGUUGAAACUUUCAGCUGAUAAUGCAGAGAUGAAUCAGAAGCUAAAAGCUGCAGAUAAGAUAGACGCUGAGCGAAAUCUAGAAAUUUCUGACAUGAAGAGGCAGUUGACUGCUACCAUUGAAGAAAAGGAAGCUUUAAAUUUGGAAUAUCAAACUGCUUUGAGCAAGACACUAGAAGAGGAGGAAAUCAUCAGAAAUUUGAAGCUUGAAGUUGAAAGCUUAAAUGCUGAAAAGUUGAAACUUUCAGCUGAUAAUGCAGAGCUGACUCAGAAGCUAGAAGCUGCAGGUAAGAUAGACGCUGAGCGAAAUCUAGAAAUUUCUGACAUGAAGAGGCAGUUGACUGCUACCAUUGAAGAAAAGGAAGCUUUAAAUUUGGAAUAUCAAACUGCUUUGAGCAAGACACUAGAAGAGGAGGAAAUCAUCAGAAAUUUGAAGCUUGAAGUUGAAAGCUUAAAUGCUGAAAAGUUGAAACUUUCAGCUGAUAAUGCAGAGAUGACUCAGAAGCUAGAAGCUGCAGGUAAGAUUGAAGCUGAGCUAAAUCAAAGAUUGGAAGAUAUUAUUAGAGAUAAAGAUAACUUGAUCAUUGAGAAAAAGGCUGCCCUUGCAAGGAUUGAAGAGGGAGAGAAGAUUGCUGAAGACUUAAGAGCUGUGGCUGAUCGGCUGAAUGAUGAAAAACAAAUUCUCGGGCAGGAAGUAGAAACUCUUAGAGGGGAAACUUCCAAUUUAAAGCAGCAACUGGAAUCUGCAAAACAGGAAGUCUCAGAUUUACGUCAAUCACUGAAUUCUACUGAGGAAGACAAUAAAUCUCUGACUUUGAAAGUCUCAGAGGUUUCUAAUGAGAUUCAGCAAGCACAGAAUGUAAUAGAAAAACUCAUGACUGAAUCGAGUCAGUUCAAUGAGAAAAUUGUUGUGAAAGAGAGGGAACUAUCAAGUCUUGCGGAGAUGCAUGAGGUCCAUGGAAAUGAAGCAUCAGCUCGAAUAAAGGAAUUAGAGGCUCAAGUAACAGGCAUGGAACUAGAGCUGGAAGCAUUGCGAUCCCAGAAUAGAGAUAUGGAAGUGCAGAUUGAGAGCAGAACAACUGAAGUGAAACAAUUGGGAGAUGAAAUUGUCCGACUGCAAGCCCAAAUUUUGGAGUUUGGAACAGUGUCGAAAGAUAGAGAAGAUGAACUCUCUUCUCUGAAGCAGAAACUUGAUGCUAAUGAAAGUGAAUCAAUGUCUAGAAUAGAGAAUUUGACAGCACAGAUCAGCAAUCUGUUAGCUGACAUGGAUUCUUUACGCUCUCAGAAAGCUGAAUUGGAAGGACAGAUAGUAUUCAAAAGUGAAGAAACAUCAACUCAGGUCAAGGGUCUUUUGGAUCAGGUAAACACACUGCAGCAGGAAUUGGAAUCUCUGCACAGCCAGAAAGCUGGUUUGGAAUUGCAACUUGAGGAGAAAACCAAAGAUAUUUCAGAAUACAUGAUUCAGGUAGAAAAACUGAAAGAGGAGAUAGUGAGCAAGACUGAGGUUCAGCAGAGAAUUCUGGAAGAGAAAGAAAGUUUGACAGCCAAAAUUGAGAGCCUGGAACUGGAGGUGGCUUCUCUAAGCAAUCAGAAAACUGACAUGGAAGAGCAGAUAAGAAGUAAAAUUGAAGAGACUGGUCAUUUGAGAGAGGUAAAUGCAGAGUUACAUGACAAAAUAUCUGAAUUGGAGAUAGCAUUAACAGAGAGGGAGGUUGAGUUAUCUUCUCUGCAGGAGAAACAUAUAAAUGUAGAAAAUGAAGUCUCUGCUCAAAUAACAGCCUUAGCAGCGCAGGUUAACAGUCUACAACAGGGCUUGGAUUCCUUGCAGGCCCAGAAGAGUCAAUUGGAAUCACAACUUGAAAGAGAGAAACAAGAAUCUUCAGAAGGUGUUAUCCAAAUGGAAAAUGAGAAAAAUGAGUUGCUGAAUCAGAUUACAGAUCAGCAGAAACAGCUCAAUGAACAGGAAGAUGCAUACAAGAAGCUGAGCGAGGAGUAUAAACAAGUUGAAGUUUCAUUCCAGGAAUGCAGGGCAAAUCUUGAAGUUGCAGAAAGGAAAAUCAAAGAAAUGACAGAUGAACUCAGUAGGCAUGUUGAGUCCAAUGAUCAGAGGGUGGCUGAUUUGGAAGAAAAAGUUGAAGACCUGAAAAGAGAUCUAGAUGUAAAAGGAGACGAACUGAGUACUUUGGUUGAGAAUGUCCGCCAAAUUGAAGUUAAGCUUCGCCUAUCAAACCAGAAGCUUCGGGUCACAGAACAAUUACUAACUGAGAAGGAAGAGAGCUUCAGAAAAGCAGAGGCAAAGUUUUUAGAAGAACAGAGAAUGCUGGAAGAAAGAAUUGCUACAUUGUCUGGAACUAUUGCUGCCAACAAGGAGGCCCAUCACAGGAUGAUCACAGAUAUCUCAGUGAAAGUUAAAAGUACUUUGACUGAGCUAGAAACUGUGAUACACAGGUUUGAAGAGGCCUAUGGAAGCUAUGAGCAUCGUAUAGAGGAAAAAUCAGAGGAGCUUCGGAUUGCAAGGAGUUGGGUCGUGGAGGCAAAUAACGAAAGGGAGCAACUGAAGCUAGAAGUAAGCAAACUGGCUGGGCAACUGCAAAAUAAGAAAGAACAAGAAUCGACAUUGAGAGAACGGUUUGAGAAGCUAGAAGUCAAGGCAAGCAAGGAAGAAGCAGAGAAGUUGAACCUGACCAAAGCCAUAAAUCAACUUGAGAAGAAAGUGGAAGUUUUAGAGACGACGAUGAAGGAGAAGGACGAGGGUAUCUUGGGUAUCGGAGAGGAGAAGAGGGAGGCCAUAAGGCAACUGUGCGUGUGGAUUGAUUAUCAUCGGAGCCGCUAUGAUUAUCUCAAGGAAAUACUCUCAAAGGUGGUGCCUGUUAGAGGGCAGAGAGCAACAUAGAAGUCUUUGGUAUCUGUAAUUCAUGUAUGUUUAGUCGUUCAUUGUGUCUUUUUUGUACUGUGGGCAAUAUUUUAUUAUUUCAUUUUUUGGAAAAGAGGGCGGUCCAUAAGAAGAUAGGUGAUGAUUGAACGUUACUAGUGGUUGGGCGUAUUUCAUUCAAUUUGGUUGCAAGAUUUGCUUUUAUAUUUGUUAAUCCAGCAUUGUAUUUUGUAUAGAAGUCAUGCUCUAGUUUUUCUUACCUUUAAUUUAUAAAUAUGGUUUUGGG